CACUCCGCGGCUGUCACGCUUCUACGCACGGUCCUCUUCGACCCUCCCCCUCCCCCCUUCCUGACCUCCCGCACAGCGAGGGGAAGAAAAAUACCCCCACACCAUCUCCCCCACCCCCCCACUCCCACACAAGAUGAAUCUGAACCCGCUGAAAUCGGCCCUUUCCAUCGGGAACGUGGACGACACGUCGCUGGCGCUGCCGUCCGGGGCCCCGGGCCGCUCGGGUCAGCAGCGCGUCCUGGAACAAGUGCAGACGAUCCGGAGGACCAAGUCGAGGAUGUCGAGCAGCAGCAGCAGGAGCGCGUCUACUUCUUUAUCCCCGACAUCUCCUCCGUAUGACUCCUUUUUCUCAGAAGCUCUGAAGUCACCGUCCAGCCCAUCUAAUGGAUUCCUCCUCUUCGGAAACAGCUUUUCUAAAACUCUCACCCAAGAGAAAAACGGCAUCAUGGGAUCCGGCGUGAAGACGACCGCGGCUUCCGCUCAUCAGUACAACGCGGGUCGCGCGCCGCUCUCCUCCGUGGCGGUCGGUCAAACCAUCUCCGGCCGCAGCCUGAGCACCUACAAGACGGAGGGCGCCGCCGCUCGGGUCGCCACGGGCUCCGCUGCGUGGCAUCAGCUGCGGCCCGCGCCCUCCCUGAAUGGGACGGGCCGCGGCAGAACGAACGGCGGGUUCGUGACCGACCAAGCGGACGGCACCAAAAGUCUGCCGCAGUCACCCGCUACUGAGAGCGCUCCGAAGAUCCAGGCGGGUUCGGGGGACAUCAGCGGAGUUGCAGACAUCACCAUGAAGGAGGCCGUUGAGUAUCUUUCCAGCGGGGACGAGAACUUUCAGCACUGUGGCGCUUCCUACAUCCAGCACAGCGCUUUCAUCGACGACAAGGCCAAAGAGGAGGUGUUGAAGCUCAACGGGAUCCAACCCCUGGUGGGUCUGCUGCGCAGCUCCAGCUCACGGGUCGGCCAGACGGCCUCGGCUGCCCUCCGUAACCUUUGCUUCAAGAGCGACGGCGUCAAGGAGAAGGUGCACUGCUUGGGCGGCGUCGCCGAGGCGGCGGCGCUGCUCAGGGACACGGACUCCGUGGAGAUACAGAAACAGCUGACGGGUCUUCUGUGGAACUUGUCCUCCGUGGACAGCGUGAAGCCCGAGCUGCUUAAGAGUGCCCUGCCGGUCCUGAUGGACCGCGCCGUCCUGCCGUACACGACCGACCCCGACAGUAACAGCCAGGACCCCGAGGUCUUCUUCAACGCCACCGCGUGUCUGAGGAACCUCAGCAGCACGAAGCAAAGCAACAGGCAGGCGUUGAGGAAAUGCCGAGGUUUGGUCGACUCUUUGGUCAGCUACGUCAAAGACUGCGUGGAUGCAGGAACCCCCGAUGAUAAGUCCUUGGAAAACUGCGUGUGCACCCUGCACAACCUGACGUUCCAGCUGGAGGCCGAGGCUCCGGCUCUGUUCAGCAGGAUCACCGCGUUGGCCCAGACUGUCAACAGGGGACACGGCGGAGCCGACGCCGGCCCCAUCGGCUGCUUCAGUCCCCACAGCAAAUCGCCAGGACACGAGCGCCGCUUUGACUUCCCGGUCGUUGAGGAUGCACAACCGAGUGGGGCCAGUUGGCUGAUCCACUCCAAAACUAUGCAGAGCUACCUGUCCGUGCUUGAGACGAGCCAGCGAGAAGAAACCCAGGAGGCCUGUUGCGGAGCCCUGCAGAACCUCACCGCACAAGAAGGCACUGUCUCCAGCGUGAUCAGUCAGAUGAUUGUCCAGAAAGUAAAUGGCCUGCAAGUUAUCUGUCCCCUUGUAAAAUCGGAGAAAGUCAACAUUCAGAGGAGCGCAGUGGCUUUGUUGGGAAACCUGACCAAAACCCCCAACUUGACCUAUUCUAUAGCUCGUAAAGCCCUCCCAAAUCUGCUGGACGUCCUCAGCGCAGGCACCAAGCAAGGAAAUGAGUCCGAUGACACGCUGGCGAUGGCCUGUCGGACGUCCAACAGCCUGCUUAUGAAGGAACCUGAGAUGGGCAAACACCUGUUGAACAACAACCUGAUUAACUCACUGAAAGAUCUCAGCCUAAUUGGAUAUUUACCCAAAUCCAGCAGAGCUGCAGCCCUGCUGCUCUAUAACAUGUGGUUGGAAAAGGAUUUACAAAGCGCCCUGAAAAAGCAAGGGAUGAGUAAAUCCUUGUUUGUGAACGACAUCACCGCGGCCGCGCUCAAGUCCGCUUAAGAUGUUGGUUAACGAGGCAGCUUAGACGGAUGGCUGGAAGUGGAGAGAGGAACUCCCGUCCCGCCGCACAUCCACCACGGCUGAGCGCCAUCCUUUUUUCAUUUCACAAAGACUUAAUUAAUUAACAUAAUCCUUCCAUCAACAUGCAUUAACGCUGUAAAUGCUGUAAGGUCAUUUCUGCUUUGUAGGGAAGAAAGGGUCACAUGUAACGUGUCAGAAACUAGACAAGCUUUGUUUGGGUUUUAAAAAAAUGUUAAAUGUCUUUUAAUGUCACAUGUGUAUUUGUGUAUCUGGUGCCGUGAGCUCGCUUUAUCAGAACACGCGGUUAUUUUUGUUUUAUCGCCAGGAGAUAAAAAAAAGUCAAUUUGACUAUGUAAAAAGAACGCAUGUAACAGGACUGGAGUUUACUGUUGGUGAUGUUUCCAUCUUUUCUUAUUUUCCAUUUGUAUGAUCUUGAAAUAAUUGUAACGUCCCCAAAAAGUCAAAUUAAUAAAUCUGACGGAUCUCCUCCUGAAGCUGU